UUUUAUUAUAGUACCAGCUAUCUUUUAGUAUUAUUUGACAGUUUCAUUCCCUUGCAGUUCUGGUUGCCACCACCCAGAGCCUGUCAAAAUUUAGUUGACUUUAUAUUCUUGUAAAAUCCUUAAUAUUCUUAAUUAUACCAUGUUAAUACUUUUGUAUUAGGUAUCAGUUAUUAAUCUGUGCCUGCAUAGGGUAUAAAUACAGAUAACGUGGAUUAGAGUCGGCAGUAUGUCUUCAGUACAGCGUGCAUUUGCUCAUAAAUUGAGCAAACAGCAUGCAGCUGAUGUGAGACGACAGAUAGCAUCGUCAACAUCUUAUUCUAGAGAUCUGUCGAAGAGUGGUAGCAGUAUUUCAGGAUUUUCCUCCACUAUGUCUCUCUGCGAGAUAUUAGAGCCACUCGAUUAUGAGGAUUUUCUGGGUCAGCAUCAAACAGUUCUGGACCGUGAUCCUCUAAGGCCAAUCCUGGACUUCCCUUUGGGUGAUGUUGAAUUACGAGUUGUUAAAAGGAAGAUCCGUACUGAGGAACCAAUUGUACCAUAUGAAUCAUUGGAUACUGUAUCACCGUAUGUCAGAAGGUGCAUUGAAAGUUUCACAUCAGAUUGGGUUAUUGUAUAUAGAAAAUUUAAGGGAAGGGCCUCUCCGAUUGCUAGAGAUAGACUGCUGCAAGAUACACCACGACAAGAUUUUGAAGUAGACCAAGAAGAUAUAAAUGGUACAGGUUCACCAAAUGAGGAAGAAGAUUUAUCCAACUGCGGUGACACACCCAGAGGCUCCUGGGCUAGUUUGGAUCUUCGUCAUUCACAACACGAUCCACUACUUCCCGGGCUACUGGAUCGUGUUUGUCCAGAAACUAUUGAUCAGAUGAAUGAACAAAAACGUUUAGAGGACCGUCAAGAAGCCUUGUUUCCCCUCUACGCGCCACCUACGUCACCGGAUGAUGAAUGGCAAGAGAUCAAUGUAGUUCCAGAACCAUCCGAACCUUUUUCUCAUAAAAUCCUCGUUAAGUGUCUUCAACUAAAACUCGAAUUAGAAGUCGAACCUAUAUUUGCUAGUCUUGCUUUGUACGAUGCAAAAGAAAAGAAAAAGGUUUCAGAAAACUUCUACGUGGACAUGAAUCCGGAGGGUUUAAAGCGGAUGUUGGGUGGGCACAUUGCUUACAGCGAUGCUAGUACCCUAGCAAGAAGUUGUGUAAUGAGUAUCAGUAAACCCAGUCCGGAUAUUUUCUUGGUUGUUAGACUUGAAAAAGUUUUGCAAGGUGAUAUUUCUGAAUGUGCAGAACCUUAUCUUCGCGAUGAUAAGAAUAAAGAAAAGGUAAGAGCAGCAGCUGCUGCAGCAUGUGAACGUUUGGGUAGGUACAGAAUGCCGCUGGCAUGGACUGCCAUUCACCUUUCUGGAGUCAUUGGUGGCGGAGGUGAUACUGAUAGUACCGGAAGUGCAGGAUCUCUGGAUCGGAAGUCUGGAGGAUUAGAACAAUGGCGCAAGAAAGUUGAACCACCGACAAGAAGAGGAUCUCUAGAGAGACGAAGCUCCGACAAGAGGCGCAGUUGGUCACCAGAUGAUUUUGCCAAUUGCUUAGAUAGCUUCCGGCCAAUUACACUGACAGUUUCCAGUUUUUUCAAACAAGAAAGUGAACGUCUUCGCGACGAAGAUCUUUACAAGUUGCUUGUGGAGUUGAGAAGACCAGGUUCGAAUUUGAAGCGUUUAAAGUGCCUGCCUGGAAUUCUCAAGCUGGACCUGAGUCCCCGGCCGGAAGAGCUACCUAGAUGUCUGGAUCCAGAUCUGAGAAGACUGACGCCAUAUCCGGACGAGAAGAGUCGCCCAGUAAAAGAAAUUCUUGAAUUUCCAAGUGAAGUUCUCUCGCCAGAUUUGACCUAUCGGAAUUUGCUAUACAUUUAUCCAAAAGAAGCCAAUUUCAGUUCACGGACAGGCUCAGCGCGUAAUAUAGCCGUACGCAUUCAACUGAUGGGUGGAGAACAAGAAGCGGACGCUCUUACAGCCAUUUUUGGAAGAUCCUCCUGUCCGGAAAUGACACACGAAGCCUUCACGUCCGUUUCAUAUCAUAACAAGAAUCCCAAUUUCUACGACGAAGUCAAGAUCAGACUACCGGCUGAUCUUAGCGCGAAGCAUCAUUUACUCUUCACCUUCUACCACAUUAGUUGCCAAAAAAAGGCAGAACAACCAAAUGUAGAAACUGCAGUAGCUUACACGUGGCUUCCGCUUUUGCGCGAUGGUCAUCUUCAAUCUGGAGAAUAUAGUUUACCAGCAAUGCUGGAUCCACCACCAGCAAAUUACUCUUAUAUAGCUCCGGAUGUUCUUCUACCAGGAACUAGAUGGGUGGAUGCGCACCGUGGAGUCUUCACUCUCAUUCUGGAACCGGUAUCCAGUGUCCAUCCUCAAGAUAAAUACAUUGAUCGAUUUCUCUCAUUGUGCGGUUCUUUGGAAACCGGGCAGGUACCACCACGAAUUGGAGAAGCAGGAAUGGAAUCGGAAUUGAAAUCAGCACUUCUAGAAUUAGCGAGAGCCUCGCACUCAGCUCUAGUCAGGUCGCUACCACAGUUGCUGGAUCAACUGGUCUCUCUGCUGGUGCGACCACCAACACUUCCGUCCCAGCCACUGAAUAUAGCAGCAACGGUUUUUGAGGCUUUAGGAUUGCUGGUGAGAAACGUGACAAACCUUCCUGAUGGUCAAUUGGAUGCUCAUGGAAGACACGCACUCCUGGCGACGUACACAGCUUAUCAAUGUUCCUUACCAACGUUAUCGUCGUGUCCUGGCGUGAUACGCGCACAGAGUAAUCCUGAUCUCCCCGUCGAAGAUCUCGAAAUGGAAGUGCAUUCAAGAGGAUUGGACAGGACUGCAUCGAUGCGCCAGGAAUCCCCGGCCAUCAAUAAUAGUCAAGCGAGUAGAAGACUCCUCCACGAGGAAUUAGCGCUGCACUGGGUAGUCUCAACGGGACAGGCUAGAGAAUUAGCUAUAACACAUUCUUGGUUUUUCCUAGAAUUAAUUUUCCGUUCCAUGGUAGUCACCUUGUCGGAGUUAGGCGCUCUGGAGUCUCCCAGGAAGUUAAGGUUCUCCCCACAAUUCUUGGACGACGUGGCAACGCUUGCUGCUGCUUUGACUACCGAAGUAAUCGCGCGUUGCGGCAAAGAUAGCAGAACGGCAUCGAAUUUAAUAUCCAGCUUGGGAAAUUUCUUAUCAGAUUUAUUAUCAGUAAUGGAUAGAGGAUUUGUGUUAUCCUUGCUUCGCGCAACUUGUUGUUCCUUAUCGGAGGCAUCGAUGCAUGUUCCUGAUUCUGCAGCCCUCUUCGCCAUGAAACUGGACCUGGUACGCACGGUCUGUUCUCACGAGCAUUACGUGGCACUGAAUCUUCCCUUUGGAACUGGAUAUACGUCAGGAUCUGCCCCAGCCUCACCUAGUCCUUCAACUGGAAGUUCAGGAAGUCUUAUUUCUACUUUGGUACCAGGUGAGCGAGCAAGAUUUUCUGAACUCAGUCAAGAAUUUCGUCAGCAACAUUUCCUAGUGGGUUUGGUACUCUCGGAUCUUGCAAAUACUUUAGAAAUACCUAACCCCAUGCUUCAGAAUAAAGCCAUAGGAACUAUUCGAUAUCUCAUGGGAUCACAUGACGUGGAUCCAAGAUAUUCUGAUCCAUCAGCAAAAGCCAGAGUAGCAGCAUUAUAUCUUCCUCUGCUAAAUAUCUUGAUGGAUGCUCUACCUCAACUCUAUCAUUGGGACUCUAAGGACAAGAGCGUCUACUUGGACGAGUCAGGAUCCAUCAUGCAAUCGGUAGCUCUAGCCAUAGCAGGAGGAGCUUCUACAGAAGUAGCAGGAACACAGUGUCGUGUGUCUCUAAGUUCUGAUGCGACAAGACACUUGCUUAUGUGUGUACUUUGGAUCCUGAAAGGACUGGAACGAUCAGCUCUUGCCCAGUGGUGUUCAGAGCUAAGCGCCAGGAGGGUGUUAAGUCUUUUACAGGUUUUGAAUAUCGCAACAGCUGCCUUUGAAUACAAGGGAAAGAAAGCGUUGAAGAGACUACCACCACAGGCAGCAGCAACCAGCGACAUACGUUCCAGAUUGGAAGACGUUAUCUUGGGUCAAGGAAGUGCUAGAAGCGAGAUGAUGUUGCGCAGAAAGGAACGAGCCAGUGGCGACAAAUUAAGAUGGCGCAAGGAUCAGAUGCCUUACAGACCAAGUGAACAGCCUGAAGGUAGAGCAGUGGAACAAGAUGCACACAUAGAAGGUGCUCUGGCGGCGGAGGCCUCCCUCGUCGUCCUGGAUACUUUGGAGUCCGUUGUUCAAGCUGACGGAGGUGGUGGUGCUGUCGUGGGCGCUGUAUUAAAGGUGCUGCUUAGAGCUUUGGCCAGGAACCAAAGUACCUCGGUACUCCAGCAUAUGUUUAACACCCAACGAGCUUUGGUCUUCAAAUACCAUAGCGCCCUCUUUGAUGAAGAGAGUGAGAGGUGCGGAGAUCUCUGCUUGACUUUACUCACACGCUGCAGUUCACCGCUAAGUGCAGUUCGAAGUCACGCAGCAGCCAGUCUCUAUCUGCUUAUGAGGCAAAACUUUGAAAUAGGCAACAACUUUGCCAGGGUGAAGAUGCAAGUGACAACUUCCUUGUCAGCUCUCGUCGGCAGAGGAAGAGCUCCUAGUGAAGGUGCUUUACGUAGGGCCCUGAAAACCGUUCUGGUCUAUGCUGAGAGGGAUACCGAGCUUGCAGAUACAAGCUUCCCGGAACAAGUGAAGGAUCUUCUCUUCAAUCUGCACAUGAUACUGUCUGAUACUGUGAAGAUGAAAGAGUUCCAAGAAGACCCAGAAAUGCUGCUGGACCUAAUGUACAGAAUUGCUAAGGGUUACCAAGGCUCUCCCGAUCUCAGGUUAACUUGGUUAGCCAACAUGGCUCAGCAGCACAUGGAAAGGAAAAAUCACACGGAAGCAGCAAUGUGUUUGGUGCACAGUGCUGCUCUCGUUGCUGAGUAUUUACAUCUUUUGGAACCUGGUGGUGGUGGACGUCCUGUAGGAGCUGUUGCUCUCAGUCCUGUAACCCCAAACGCUCUGGAGGAAAGUGCCGUCGGGGACGACGUAUUGGCUAGGCGAGAAGAGGGACUCUGUCUAGGUCCUGAUUUUUCUGAAAGUGGAUUAGCUGGUCUCUUAGAACAUGCUGCCAGCUCUUUUCACGCAGCUGGAAUGUACGAGGCCAUUACUGACGUGUACAGAGUACUGUUGCCAAUCGCAGAAGCUGCUCACGAUUACAAGAAGCUCGCCAAUAUCCACGGAAAACUCCACGAAGCAUACACGAGGGUCGAACAGCUUGCCGGUAAACGAGUCUUUGGCACUUACUUUAGAGUCGGCUUUUAUGGGGCACGAUUUGGCGACUUAGGUGGAGAGGAAUUCGUAUACAAGGAACCUACUUUGACAAAGCUACCAGAAAUUUUCUCGAGGCUGGAGAACUUCUACGCGGAACGAUUUGGUUCUGAGAAUGUUGUUAUAAUUAAAGAUUCCAAUCCAGUGGAUCCUAGCAAAUUAGAGCCUGAUAAAGCAUACGUGCAGAUAACAUACGUGGAACCGUAUUUUGAACCACAUGAGCUCAGACACAGGCCUACGGUGUUCCAUAGGAAUUUUAAUAUCAAACGUUUCGUAUACGCAACUCCUUUCACUCCCGGUGGGAAAGCUCACGGAGAAUUAAGGGAACAAUGCAAACGCAAAACUAUUUUAACAGUAGCUACACACUUUCCGUACUUAAAGACCAGGAUACGCGUGGUGGCCAGGAAGCAGAUAGUCCUUAGUCCCAUUGAAGUGGCCAUUGAGGAUAUUCAGAAGAAGACUGCUGAGGUCGCUGCAGCAACUGCUCAGGAACCACCUGAUGCAAAGAUGCUCCAGAUGGUCUUGCAAGGAUGCAUAGGAACUACUGUCAACCAAGGUCCAGCCGAGGUUGCUGUAGUCUUCCUGUCUGGACUUCGUGAACAAAAUGCAGAGCCUUCAAGACUCCAGCAUAAGCUCAGACUCUGUUUUAAAGAUUUUUCGAAAAAAUGUUUGGAUGCUCUGCGUAGAAACAAGAAUCUCAUUGGACCAGAUCAGCGAGACUAUCAAAAAGAACUGGAACGUAAUUACCAAAGAUUGACGGAACGUUUGACGCCAUUGAUCGCCUGGAGCGGACCUUCAUUGGUUAAUCAGCAUCCAGCGACCCCUGCAUCACCUCGCUGGUAGAGAACCGUCACUGCCGUUAACGGUUUACCAAAGAUAUUGUAUUAUUUAUCAUACUCAGAUAUAUAUCAAAUCUAUUUACUAUUCUUAUUAAUUCAAAACGAUUGUGCUACGAGUACAGGUAUUUAUAUACAUCGUCUUUAUAUAUCCCUAGGUAUAUAUUUUAUACUCUUUAGAUUAUAAGAAGUCCAAUCGGCUUCUAGGACGUUAGCGUAGCUUCGGUCCUUCAGAGAGAUUACAAAUAACAUGAGACCAUGCGUAUAGUAUUUUAAAGUAUCAAAUUCUUAACAGUUUCGUAAUAUUAACUAAAACAUCCUGUGCAUUUAUAUUGAAGUCAUAAGAAAUAUACGGAUUUUAUAUAUCCACUGAAUUAAGAGA